AUGGUACGUGUGAUACAACUCAAAUAUCAUAUACAGCGGCAUCAGAACAAAAAGCGAUACGAAUGUACAGAGUGCAAUAAGAUAUUCUCGCACCUCGCCACGUACCAGGGCCACUUAAAGUACAGUAGGGCGCACGCCUCCGAUAGUGUUUUCAAGUUUCCAUGUCCUAUGUGUAAUAAAGGCUAUCCUACAAAAGAAGCUAUGCAAGACCACUUCAACUACCAACAUUUGGGGAAAACUUCACAUAAAUGUCCAAUAUGUGGUAAGCCUAUAGCAUCUCGAGCUAAUGUUGAGAAACAUAUGAUGCGGAUGCACGGACAAAAGAAAGAGAAACCCAGGAAUCAUGUCUGUCAAAUAUGCGGGAAGGCUUUCACGGACAAGAAAGCUUUGAAUCAACACGAGGUCAUACAUUCUAAUGACCGCCCCCUAACGUGCGAUAUAUGUCAACAAACGUUCAAACAAAAAGCUUCAUUAUAUACACAUAG